AUGUUUCGCCCAGUAUUGAGGACAUGCGCGCGCCAGGCUUCGGUGAAGCCGGUUGCUGCUCGCUUCUACGCAGUCCAGCCAGGUGCCCCGUUCAACUGGGAAGAUCCUCUCGCUUCUAAAAAUCUUCUGACCGAGGAAGAGCUUGCCAUCAGUGAGACUGCCGAACGGUACUGUCAAGAGCGCUUGGCGCCACGCGUGCUACAGGCCUACCGUGAUGAGCAUUAUGACGCCAAGAUGCUGCAGGAGAUGGGUGAGUUAGGGCUGCUGGGCGCCAACAUCUCUGGCUACGGUUGCGCGGGUGUGUCGACAGUAGCCGGUGGUCUCAUCACCCGCGCUGUGGAGCGCGUCGAUAGCGGCUACCGUUCCGGCAUGUCAGUGCAGUCGUCUCUGGUCAUGGGCGGCAUCAAUGAGUUUGGCACCGAGGAGCAGAAGGACAAGUUCCUUCCCGGGAUGGCCAAGGGAGAGAUCCUAGGUGCAUUCGGCCUCACCGAGCCAAAUCACGGUAGUGAUCCUGGCAGCAUGGAGACCGUAGCGAGACCACACCCCACGAAGAAGGGCUACCUCUUGUUGAGCGGCUCCAAGACAUGGAUCACCAACAGCCCGAUUGCUGACGUGCUCAUGAUCUGGGGCAAGCUGCAGGAGACGGGCAAGAUUAGGGGGUUCCUGGUCGAGAGAAAGGACUGUCUCCCCGGCACCUUGGAAACACCAGCCAUCAAGAACAAGAACGGGCUCAGGGCCUCCGUCACAGGCAUGAUCCAGAUGGACGACUGCCCCGUGCCCGAGGCCAACAUGUUCCCCGAGGUCGAGGGGCUUCGCGGUCCUUUCAGCUGUCUCAACAGCGCCCGCUACGGCAUCUCGCUGGGUGUCAUGGGCGCGCUCGAGGACGCCUUGGCUCGCACACGCACGUAUGCGCUGGAUCGCAAGCAGUUCAAGAACAACCCCAUUGCCAAAUACCAGCUGGUCCAGAAGAAGCUCGCCGACGCAGCCACCGACGUGGCGUACGGCACGCUUGCUUCCAUCCAAGUCGGCAGACUCAAGGACGAGGGCAAGGCGACACCGGAGAUGAUCAGCAUGGUCAAGCGACAAAACUGCGAUGCGGCGCUGCGAAAUACACGCGUGCUGCAGGAGGUGUUUGGAGGCAAUGCCGUGAGCGACGAAUAUGGCAUCGGGAGGCAUGUCGCGAAUCUGUUCGUGACACAGACGUACGAGGGACAGAGCGACAUCCAUAGCCUGAUUCUAGGCCGGGCCAUUACGGGUUUGCAGGCAUUUGUAUAA